UUAGGUCAAGCAUUUCAACCGGAGUUCGCAGAACCCCUGACCAAUUUAACCGUAGCCAUUGGCCGUGAUGCGACUUUUAGAUGCCUCGUACAAAACCUUGGGGGAUACAGAGUAGGAUGGGUUAAAGCUGAUACGAAGGCAAUUCAAGCGAUUCACGUACACGUAAUAACCAAUAACCACAGAGUGGGAGUAUCGCACAACGGACAGACCGUUUGGAAUUUACACAUCAGAAACGUUCAAGAGGAGGACCGAGGCCAAUACAUGUGCCAGAUCAAUACUGAUCCGAUGAAAAGUCAGAUGGGGUUUCUAGAGGUUGUAAUUCCUCCAGAUUUUAUUCCCGAAGAAACGUCAGGAGAUGUAAUGAUACCUGAAGGAGGAACAGCAAGAGUAUCUUGUAAAGCCAAAGGUAUGCCCAAGCCGCGAAUAAUGUGGCGACGAGAGGAUGGAGGUGAUAUUAUACUAAGAAAUGCUCAUGGCGACAAAAAUAAAGUCGCCGUUUACGAAGACGAAGUAUUGACACUGACGAAGAUUUCUCGCUCGGAUAUGGGCGCUUAUUUGUGCAUUGCCAGCAAUGGUGUACCUCCAUCAGUUAGCAAGAGAAUUAUGAUUAAAGUUCACUUCCACCCGGUGAUCCAAGUACCAAACCAGCUGGUGGGCGCCCCUCUCGGCACUGACGUCUCCCUCGAGUGCUACGUCGAGUCCUCGCCAAAAUCUAUCAACUAUUGGGUCAGAGAUUCCAAUGAAAUGGUGAUAUCAUCAAAUAAAUACGAGGUGCUGAAUGCAGCGAUUAGUUCAUUUGAGAGCCGCAUGGUGCUGACAGUACGCCGCCUUACUGCUGCUGACGUUGGUGGUUACAGAUGCGUCGCCAAAAACUCUCUGGGAGAAGUCGACAGUAUCAUCAGACUAUAUGAAAUCCCGGGGCCUACAGUCCGAAAUACAAGCCCAGCGAGUAAAAGCGAUAAAUAUACGACUGCAACUGAAGAACAAGAUAAUCAAUUUGGCUCCGCUGACAAUUCUGAUGACGAAGACGAAAUGGAGACUGUGACAGAUGUUCCUGAGCGUACACCAAACGUCCCAACAGUCCGUGAUGAAUUUAUAAAAAAUAAAACAAUUAAUAUAACGACAAAUUUCGUUAACAAAGACAAACUAAGCAACAAAGUUCGCAAAAUUAUAAACAAAUUUGAAUUAGACGAGUACAAACUCGCAAAUAGUAAUAGAUCUAACAAAUUAUAUUCCAGAAUAGUUUAUAAAAGGUACAUUUUUUGUAAAGCAGAGCAGCGGCCCGGGGAGGGUUUGACCGACUGGGCGGCGCGAGUGCGAAGUUUGGCGCAGUACUGUGGAUUUAGGAACGAUCUGGAGACUGCACUACGAGAUCGAUUUGUACUAGGACUAGAAAACGCUAAGGAAAAAGAGAAAUUGUUUGCCGAAGAUGUGGAUACGCUAACAUUUGAUAAGGCGGUAGAAUUAGCUCAGAAUGGGCGCUGUGCGCGUUUGGCAUUGCAGGUGACUCGUUCGGAGCACGACACGGUAGCGGCGGCGGCCGUGCAACCUGUUUUCGCGUUACGUCGAGGCAGCACCGGUGCUGAUCAGUUACUUAAGUACAAGGAUACGGAUGCAUCUAGUGUAUCGGAUGACAUAAGUGCCUACGGUGAUUAUCCAAAACAAGGGCAAAUGCUAGAGACAGAAAUGCAGUUGGGGCAACGAAAACCAUUAGACGACCCAGUAGUUAUUGUAAAAAAAAACGAGGAAGGCGAAGAAGGAAGCGACCUAUCUUUUGAAUCAACAAAAUCAACGUCGAACUCGCCCCUGGAGAUAUUGGAUGAAGAGGGCAGAGUGGAAUCUGAAAAUGAUCGCAACAAUGAACAUCGGCUAGAGGUUGCGACAGCGUUGUUUGUAAACACACCAUAA